AAUUCGAGGGCCUCCCUAUUUUGUUUGGGUGCUGUAAAUAAUAUCUCCAGCUAUGCUCUCUCCAUUUUCUAUGUUCUUCUCGUUUAACGAAGCGUGGCGCUCUCUCUCUCACUCUCUCUCUACAUGCGCUCUGAUACACACACUUCCUCUGCAUGUACAUACACCGAUACAGGUGCAUAGUUAUUUAUAGAGAGAGAAGUUCAGUGGGGAGUGGAGCAUUUGUGUACUUUCCUUUGAGUUCUCAAACCGACGUCGUAAGACGAUUCGUGUGCCAGCUUUUAUGAUAUAUAUUUGGUACUGUUAGUUUGUCUUUUAUUACUAAGGAUAUCUAGAGAAAAGCAUUUAUAUGGCGGCUACUGCAACUGCCUCUUCUACUGGUGUACGUUAUGCACCAGAUGACCCCAGCCUCCCAAAACCUUGGAGAGCCUUGGUUGAUGGAAAGACUGGAUAUCUUUAUUUCUGGAAUCCAGAGACCAAUGUUACCCAAUAUGAAAGGCCCGCUGCCUCAUUGCAAGCAAGCUCCGGUCCACCUUACAACUCUUUGAGUUUAUCGGUUCAAAAGUCCUCUCCCGGAUGUCAUAGUGACAAUGAUGGUGAUCAUUAUAGCAGCAGUGACAAUGGUGGAUCAAUGAAGCUUGCUUCUGGAGCAGGAAGUUAUCAGACAAAUAUUAGCAGAUUGGAUGGUUCACAUGAUGAUCGAAAUGUAAAAAUGGUUACUGAACAUGGAUCAUCUGCUUCCAAAGGUGCACCAAGUGGUUUGUCUCCUGAGGUGUAUUGUCGUCAGCAUGAAAUAUCCGUAAUCGGAGAUAAUGUUCCCCAACCCUUUAUCUCAUUUGAAGCCACUGGUUUGCCCACGGAGAUUCUAAAGGAGGUAUAUCAAGCUGGAUUUUCUGCCCCUACUCCAAUACAGGCACAAUCUUGGCCAAUUGCUCUGCAAGGUCGCGAUAUAGUAGCCAUAGCCAAGACAGGCUCUGGGAAAACUCUGGGUUAUUUGAUUCCUGGUUUUAUUCAUCUAAAGCAACGGCGUAAUAAUCCUAAAUUAGGUCCAACAGUUCUGGUAUUGUCGCCAACCAGGGAAUUGGCAACUCAGAUACAAGAUGAAGCUGUGAAGUUUGGAAAAUCGUCGAAGAUAUCUUGCACGUGUUUGUAUGGAGGUGCACCAAAAGGUCCACAGUUGAAAGAGCUAGACAGAGGUCUUAUAGAUGUUGUCAUAGCUACUCCCGGUCGGUUGAAUGAUAUUUUGGAGAUGGGAAGAAUUAGCCUCCAUCAAAUUUCAUACUUGGUAUUAGAUGAGGCAGACCGGAUGCUGGACAUGGGGUUUGAACCCCAGAUAAGGAAGAUUGUGAAGAAUGUACCUACUCGUAGGCAAACCCUUAUGUACACAGCAACAUGGCCUAAGGAGGUGCGCAAAAUUGCUUCUGAUCUUCUAGUCCGUCCUGUUCAGGUUAACAUUGGAAAUGUUGAUGAGCUUGUUGCAAACAAGGCCAUAACACAGAAUGUUGAAGUUUUGUCACCAAUGGAGAAGCGUAGGCGGCUGGAACAGAUAUUGAGAUCUCAAGAACCUGGAUCAAAGAUAAUAAUUUUCUGUUCUACAAAGAGAAUGUGCGAUCAACUUGCAGGCAACCUAAAUCAUCAAUUUGGAGCCGAUGCUAUUCAUGGAGACAAAUCUCAGAGUGAGAGGGAUCAUGUUUUGAGUCAAUUUCGCACAGGAAGGACCCCAGUGCUUGUAGCUACUGAUGUUGCAGCCCGUGGCCUGGACAUUAAAGACAUCAGGGUGGUGAUAAAUUAUGACUUUCCUACGGGAAUAGAAGACUAUGUUCAUAGAAUUGGAAGAACCGGACGUGCAGGUGCCACAGGUUUGGCUUAUACUUUCUUCUCUGACCAGGAUGCAAAGCAUGCAUUGGAUCUUGUCAAAAUUUUGGAAGUAGCAAAUCAACAGGUCCCUGUUGAAAUUCGUGACAUGGCUUCACGUGGUGGUGGUUUUGGGGGAACAAGACGCCAGUGGGGUUCAGGUUCUAGUGGUCGGGAUGGAGGUCGUGGUGGACGCUGUGACUCUGGCUAUGGUGGAAGAGAUGGGGGAAGGGGUGGUAGCUAUGGUUAUGAUCAUGACCAGCAAGAUAGAUAUGGUUACGGAUCCCAUGAUGCGCAUGAUGGGGAUGCACCUGUUCUCAAUAAUUCUAAGAGCUUCCAUGAAAGUAUGAUGGCUAAUAGGAGCAACACAAGUACACGUUGCAGUCGAAGCAGAAGCCCGAACAAGAAUUCCAGCUGGGGUGAGAACCUGGGCAGAGCCCGUAGCCGUAGCCGUAGCCGUAGCGCGGAGAGGUUUGAUACAAUUGCCCCUACCCAUCGCAGUUUCCAUGAAAUGAUGAUGGAACAGGCUCGAACAUCUGUUCCGCAUAGUCAUCGGGAGAGAUCACGAUCCCCAUCUGCUGGUAACAGAAAGGAAACUUUUGGAAGAUCUCAUGAUGGCAACGAUAAGCAGAUGUCGGGAAGAUCACCAGGGCAACAUCAGGGUACUGAAGAACUCGCUAAUGGACCAAGUUCGAAUCAUGGAGAGGAAGAAGAGGGACCUAUGAUUCCAGUAGAUGGAGAAGACCAAAAACCCCAGGAUGAUUAACAGUUCAUUCACACUCGAGGCAUUUCUGGAAGUGCAUUUUGUUCGGGUGCUGUAUUUUUGUAUCUGAAUUACAUGAUUGGCAUUUUAGCUGCUGAUGAGGGGGUUUUAUAGUUGUCUCAGUAAAACUUGCAGACCUUUUUUGUCAGUUUUCAACCCUUAUGAGGUUGCAUGUCUCGGAAACCUUUUUAUGCUGGACGGUAUUUUGUUUGUGGACAGUUUCUGCAGUACUGAAUACAAGUUUACGUGGUUGUGAAAGAAAGUUGAAUGCUUUGGAGGAUUACA